AUGCAGCAGAUUGUGCGGAAACAAGGAAUAAAUUGGAAACAAAUGAAGAAACUGUGGACAGGCAAAGCACAGCGUGGCAUUUGCAUUGAGCCCUUCAAUGCACAGAACAGGCUACCGGGCCACUAUUUGGAACCACUACGUUCCAAUAUCACUGCAGAGUGCAGACAGAGCAAAAUACAUGGAGAAGAGGGAGGAGAGCAGAUUCUUUACACGGAAGCAAUGCAAGGAAAAUAUGAUAAUCUGCAAUCCAUUUUAAGAGUUACCGUGGCUCCUGCAGCCAGUGUUGGUGUUGCAAUUUUGAGGCAAGGCUCAAAAAAAUUCCCGCGAAUAUAUGCAAAAGCUAGUCAUUUACAUACGAAUGGGGAGUAA